CCGGGAGCAACUGUGGAGCAGGGGCGGGGACGGAUGCUCCCCCCGUGUGUCUGCUGCUCCGACAGUAACGGAGAUGGAUGGGGUAGGGGAAACGCAGCGCGCGUGGCCCCGGGCGGCUCAUCGCUCAGCCGCCGCCCCCGCAUCAGAGAGGUCGGGGCGGGGGUCUGGCCGCAGAUAAAGGCGAGCGGGGGACAAGGGCGGCCGCGGCAGCAGCAUGAGCGGGACGGACCUGAGUCACGCUGCGGGCGCGGCCCCCGACCCAGACCCGGGCCAGGCGGCAGUCGCCUCGGCCUACCAGCGCUUCGAGCCCCGCGCCUACCUCCGCAACAACUAUGCGCCCCCUCGGGGGGACCUGAGCAGCCCCGACGGCGUCGGGCCUUGGAAGCUGCGCUGCUUGGCGCAGACCUUCGCCACCGGUGAGGUGUCUGGACGCACCCUCAUUGACAUUGGUUCAGGCCCCACUAUAUACCAGCUGCUCAGCGCCUGCGCCCACUUCGACGACAUCACCAUGACAGAUUUCUUGGAGGUGAACCGCCAGGAGCUGGGGCUCUGGCUGCGAGACGAGCCUGGGGCCUUCGACUGGAGCGUGUACAGCCGGCAUGUCUGUCUCAUCGAGGGCAAGGGUGAAUCCUGCCAAGAGAAGGAGUGCCAGCUGCGAGCCAGGGUGAAGCGGAUCCUGCCCAUCGACGUGCACCAGCCCCAGCCCCUGGGCGCUGGGAGCCUGGCGCCCCUGCCUGCCGAUGCCCUGGUCUCCGCCUUCUGCCUAGAGGCUGUGAGUCCGGACCUUGCCAGCUUCCAGCGGGCCCUGGACCACAUCACCACACUGCUGAGGCCUGGGGGGCACCUCCUCCUCAUCGGGGCCCUGGAGGAGUCAUGGUACCUGGCUGGGGAGGCCAGGCUGGCAGUGGUGCCAGUGCGUGAGGAGGAGGUGAGGGAGGCCCUGGUGCGUAGCAGCUAUGAGGUGAGGGAUCUGCGCACCUACAUCAUGCCUUCCCACCUUCGGACAGGCGUAGAUGAUGUCAAGGGCAUCUUCUUCGCCUGGGCCCGGAAGAAGGUGGGGGUGUGAGGCCCCAGUGCGCACAGUGCCGGCGGUCCUCCCCCGCCUAGAUGCCCUGUUAUCUGAGGUGGCACCUAAUA